ACAAAAAAACUUACGAUUAAUUUUUAUCGUAAGUGAAAACUUAAGUUUUUGUUCAUUUUCACAAAAAAUCUUGCAUGAAUCUUAAGUGUAAAAUUUGUCGUAACUUUACGAGAGCUUAUACCCUCUCUUAAGUGUAAAAAUAAAAACUUAAGUGCAAAUAUUUUGUCGUAAGAUUAUUAAUUGACAACAAAAAUGACUGCCUUUUAUCUACUUUUUGAAAACGAUCGAGCAUUGCGACGAAAACGUGUUUUUCGGGACCGAAUUAACCCACUCGACAGAUAUACGGACGUAGAUUUGGUUGCACGAUACCGUUUUCCUCGGCGAGAAAUUCUUCUGUUGACUGAUUUGAUAAAUGAUACUGUUCAGCAUCCAACCUCUAGAUCAUGUGCGAUUCCUGUUUGCAUCCAAGUGUUGAUCACUCUUCGCUUUUUGGCCAAGGGGGACUACUUGUCAGAAGUGGCGGACCUGCAUGGGGUUUCUGUUCCAUCAGCGUCAAGGAGUUUACAUUCUGUCUGCCAAGCUUUAUGUCGACAGCUUGAUAACAUUACUUUCCCGACUACAGCAGAUGAGCUGAAGAGAGUAAAGGAUGGCUUUUAUAAAAUUGCACAUUUCCCAAACGUUGUUGGCACUAUAGAUGGUACUUUGAUACCGAUACAGGGAAUGUCGGGAGAUGACGAACCGAAUUUCAUCUGCCGCAAGGGUUUUCCCUCCAUCAACGUUCAAGGAGUUGUGGAUGCCGACCUUCGUUUUACAAAUGCUGUUGUGAAGUGGCCCGGAUCAACUCAUGAUUCCUUCAUAUUGGCCAAUUCCUCUGUACCUCAACUGAUGGAAACUUUGAGUGGACCCUGGAUUUUGGGAGAUUCAGGAUAUCCCCUGAAGAAAUGGUUGUUGACCCCAUUCAAUGAACCAAGAGGCAUCAAAGAAGAAAAUUACAAUCAAGCCCACUGCUCAACCAGAAACACAGUGGAAAGGGCAUUUGGGGUUCUUAAGUGCAGGUUCAGAUGCUUGCAUAAAACUGGAGGAAGUCUUCAGUUCACUGCCCAAAAAUGCAUCAAAAUGAUCGAAUGCUGCCUAAGACUGCACAAUAUGGCCAUCAAUCGAAGACUCCCGCUUGAAGCUGCAGAAGAUCCCAUCCAGGUUCUGCACAACAAUGCCGUAUGCAGGGGAAAUGGAAAUGAUGGUUUCAGGGUGAGACAGACCAUUGUUUAGAGGUUUUGAAAACUUAUCCGUAACGUAAUGCAUUAUUCCUUAAAUUUCUUAUGACGUGUUAAAAAUAGUACAGAUGUGAGUAUCAUCACAUAAAAUUUUAUCAUGUAAUUUGUCUUAUCAUAUCAAAUGAAAUGUAAAUAUGAUAUAUAUAGUUGAUGUAUACC